CCCACACCACUCAGCAAGUUGACGCGCACACAGAGAAGCUCACAAGCGAAAGCAACGAAAGAUGGGUUCUUCUUCCGCUUCUCUGAUCAAUCCGCUGACAUCAUCCUCCCUCUCCGGCCCCUCGGAGGUCGCUGCUCCCAUACGGUUCUGGGCGGCGUGCCCCACCAUGACUACCGGCCUAAGGUCCACCAGUAUAACCAAGAUGAAUGGUUUGAGGCUGAAAGGCAAGUCUUGGUCUUCGUCUGUGGUGUGCAAGGCUGUGUCUGUGAAGCCGCAAACUGCCGUUGAAGGUCUCAACAUUGCCGAAGAUGUCACUCAGCUUAUUGGGAAAACACCAAUGGUGUACCUGAAUAAUAUUGUAAAGGGGUCAGUUGCAAAUAUUGCUGCCAAGCUUGAGAUUAUGGAGCCAUGUUGCAGUGUCAAGGACAGAAUAGGUUACAGUAUGAUAACUGAUGCUGAGCAAAGAGGACUCAUAAAGCCUGGACAGAGUGUCUUGGUGGAACCCACGAGUGGAAACACAGGCAUUGGCCUUGCAUUUAUAGCUGCAACUAAAGGAUAUAGACUCAUCUUAACAAUGCCAGCUUCAAUGAGUUUGGAGAGAAGGGUUCUUUUAAAGGCAUUUGGAGCUGAGCUUGUUUUGACUGAUUCAGCAAAGGGAAUGAAGGGAGCAGUUCAGAAAGCUGAAGAAAUAUGCAAUAGUACUCCAAAUGCAUACAUGCUUCAACAGUUCGACAACCCUGCUAAUCCUAAGAUACACUAUGAGACAACUGGUCCAGAGAUCUGGGAAGAUACAAAAGGCAAGGUGGAUAUAUUUGUCGGAGGAAUUGGAACAGGUGGAACCAUUUCUGGUGUAGGACGGUUCCUUAAAGAGAAAAAUCCUAAAGUAAAGAUUAUUGGCGUAGAACCAACGGAAAGCAACAUCCUUUCAGGUGGAAAGCCAGGUCCCCACAAGAUUCAAGGGAUUGGAGCUGGAUUUAUACCUAGAAAUUUGCACCAGGAUGUUGUCGAUGAAAUUAUAGAGAUCUCAAGUGAUGAAGCUGUUGAAACUGCAAAGCAAUUAGCACUCCAGGAAGGCUUGUUGGUUGGGAUUUCUUCAGGAGCAGCUGCUGCUGCUGCAAUCAAGGUUGGUAAGAGGCCUGAGAAUGCAGGGAAGCUUAUAGCGGUAGUCUUUCCGAGCUUUGGUGAACGUUAUCUCUCCACAAUUCUUUUCCAGUCAAUCAGAGAAGAAUGUGAGAAGAUGCAACCGGAGCCAUGAUUUCCUAUGCUGAAGCAAUUUUAUGACAGCGAUGCACACUGUUUAUCCCGAAAUUUUCCUUUUAUAUUUUCCCGUUCACACGUCAUUUCUUUCUCCAUAAAUCUCCUUGAUGUACUCCUUAGAGAUAGGAUCAAUGGUAUAAGAUUGUCCAUUCGUGACCUGGUUGUUUGACAUGAAUAUUUUGAAAUAAUUAAGAUGGAGAUGAAUUUGCUGGUGUUGCUUAUUUGAGGGCACACCAGUUAAUUCAUUCAAUCAAGUUCCAUAA